AUGAACAGCGUCCUCGCCACUUCUCCCUUUGCCGCGCCGCAUCUUCUCCAGAACAACCGCCUCUCGCCAAACCGCUCCAUGCCAUCUGCUCCGACUCAGAUGUCCUCCCGCAAGCGCAAAGCCGACGAAGAUCAUGCCGACGCCGACGAGCGCAUGUCUGCAUCCCCCGAACGCUCGCCCUCGAUGGGCCAGCGAACCCUCAUCCAGCCGUCGGCCCGCCACGGCACCAAGCGUCUGCGCACCAACAUGAGCGGCCGCCCCCUAGGCCUCCCCCGCCUGCUGGAGACGCUGGGGCCCGAGGACAUGAGGAGUCUCCUUCAAUCCAUCUGCCAGCGGCACCCGGACAUUGGCGCCGAGGUCGUCAACACGGCCCCCCGGCCCGGCGUGGCCUCCGCACUGCAGGUGCUCAACAACUACGAAUCCGCCCUCCAAGCCGCCUUCCCGUUUGGCAAUCGCAACACGUCCGACUACGCCUACAACCGGGUCAGGCAACCUCUGCACGACCUUCUCGAAGCCCUCAAAGACUACACCCCGCACUUCCUUCCGCCCAACGAGAUGCAGCCCGCCACAUCCCUCGACUUCCUUGAUGGCGCCACCGAGAUCCUCCACAAGCUGCCCAACUGGGACACGUUCCAGCAUAACCGCCAUAAGCAGGAUGCGUACGAGGAGAUGGCCAAGGCUUGGGCGAUGGCCGUCCGGGAGGCAGGGAAGAGGGGCGGUGGUAUUCAACUGGGAUACGGCGGCUGGGAUCAAAAGAUUUCGAAGCACAACGAAUUGUCUGGCGGCAGGAUGCAGGAGGCCGUCAAUGAGCUGCGGUCGCAUCUGGGCUGGAUGGGCGGCAAUGGCUCAGCCACGCAACAAGCAGGCGUGGGCCCCAACGCCAACGACCCGGCUUCGAUACGGCAACAGCUGCUCAACGGCACGUAUGGCAUGGUUGCCCCCGUCCGUGUUGGUCCCUGGUAG